ACACCCAUGUCCGUCUCCAGCUCAGCCCCUGGCCUGCAGAGCCAAGGACAGGAAAUGGCUCUGGUGGAGCUGGUGAGCUUCGAGGAGGUGGCUGUGUAUUUCUCUGAGGAGGAAUGGGCUCUGCUUGACCCAUGUCAGAGAGCCCUCUACAGGGAUGUGAUGCAGGAGAAUUAUGAGUCUGUGAGCUGGCUGGGAUUUCCUGUCUCCAAAGCUCAUGUGAUCUCCUGGGUGGAGCAGGGGGAGGAACUGUGGAUCCCAGAUCUCCAGGACUGUGAGAGAGGAGAGAUCAUCAGUGACACUCACACAGGUGAUGGGAGGCUGAGUGAGAACCAUGACAAAAGUCUUCAUAAUGAAGGACCAGAGCGAAUGGCUCCAUGUGGGAUGAUGUUGGGAAUAUCUGAAGCGCAUGUUUCUCAAAGUCCUAAGCAAGGAGAGACCUGUAAGAGACAGUGUAGCCCACAAAUGCAGCAGCGAAGCCAUCCAGGACGGGGACAGGGUAAAUCCAGUCACAGAAGCAGGAGGUUGAAAAUGUUCGGCAGAAAAUCCCCCAUCAAGAGUCACCCUGUGCUUGCAGUGACUGUGCAACUCUUAGUAAACAUGAAAAAGCCCACAUAGGAGAGAAAACUUUCAGUUGCUCUGACUGUGGAAAAAUCUUCACGAAGAGCUCAAAGUUUGUGAAAUGCAGGAGAACGCACACAGGAGAGAAACCCUUCAGCUGCUCUGACUGCAGGAAAAGCUUCAGUGAGAGUUCAAGCCUUGUUAUCCACAGGAGAAGCCACACAGGAGAGAAACCCUUCAGCUGCUCUGACUGCAGGAAAAGCUUCAGUGAGAGUUCAAGCCUUGUUAUCCACAGGAGAAGCCACACAGGAGAGAAACCCUUCAGCUGCUCUGACUGUGGGAAAUGCUUCAGUAAGAGUUCAAUCCUUGUUGCACAUAGGAGAAGGCACACAGGAGAGAAACCAUUCAGCUGCUCUGACUGUGAGAAAUGCUUCAGCCACAGCUCACUUCUUGUUAUCCAUAGGAGAACCCACACAGGGGAGAAACCUUUCGGCUGCUCUGACUGUGGGAAAUGCUUCAGUCAGAGUUCAAGCCUUGUUGCACAUAGGAGAGCCCACACAGGGGAGAAACCCUAUACUAGAAGUGGGGAAAAGCAUCUUAAUGUGCAGAAUCCAGCCCACUUAGGGUUUUGAUCCUUCCCCCAAUGGGCAUGUGCUGCUAGGGAACAAACUCAGCCCUAUAACUCUUCCUGCUGUGCAGCCACUGGAGAGGAGGCAGCAAUGGGGCUGAGGUUCCUCCACACAACCUGGGGCCAGCCGUGGAGACCGCAGGCACCAUUGCCACUGCACCUCUGCCCUCCAAGGCCAACUCAUAGUCACAGCCCUGGAAUCUUGUGUCUCCAGGGCUAUGUGGCUAUGGCAGAGUGCUUCUGGGGCCGGCUCUGUACUUUGUGGCUGUGGUAAUGGCAUCUCUGGCCCUGGCCCAUGUGACUGCAGCAGCGAUGCCUCUGGCCUCCAGGGCUGACCCACAGCUGCAUGGCUAUGGCAGUUUUGUCUCCAGCUUGUAGUGUCCUCCAUUGCAGCCAGGACAGCAUUGCUUCAGAUGUUGCUGUAAGGGGGCAUGAAGCCAGGUAAUGUUCCUCGUCAUCCCCUGACCCCCCCACCCAGCAUCCUCAGCUUGUUCUCACACUCUCCUUUGUUCUUGUACCCUCCACCUGGCCACACACUGCACCCUCCCUUGUUCCUGCUCCCUCCAUCUGGCCAGACACCAUACUCCGAGACUUCUUCUGAAUUCCAGCUUCCCCCAGAUCCUGCACCCCAUCCCUAUUCUCCUUGCUGGCAGUCCUGCCUCAUACUGUAUCCCUCAUUUUUGUCCCUAUCCCAGAGCCUAAGGGUGUCCACAAAAUCCAGCAACUCCAGAACCCAAGAAAUGUAAGUCUGGUCUAUGGUGAGCUCUGACCCUCAGUGCCCCCAUUCCCUUCCCCUCACCCUAUGAGGCUGGGGCACCAGAGGAGUUAGGUGCCACAGUUGGGGCCACAUCAGUGAGUUUGGGGGAGAUGGUUGCUUCUCACUUGUGUAGUCUCCAACUGAUUUUUCUGUGGGUCAAUGACUCCUGACCCCAAAGUGGUUCUUCACUCUUGCCUUAAAGAAAACAUUGAAGUCUUUUGUGUUAGUUGUAAUGCUCUUCUUUAUUUGAAAUGAAGUUUGACAUAGUAACACAAACAACUCAAAAUGCUUAAUCUGUUUUAUAAUGUAAAUUAAACUGAUCUCCCUAGCUGCAGCACUAGCAAAAUAACUCAGAUGUAAUUAUAUAAUUGAGCACGAGUGUCCAUUAGCAACUGAUAAUCCAUGGAA